AUGGCGGUGUUUCUCGAUCCCGAUACUGAGCGUCGUAUGCCAUUGAACUGUGAGCUUGUAGUUGACCUACUUAAUAAAGGGGAAUGCUCAGAUAUUGAUAUCGAUGAGGCUGACGAGUAUUUUUGUCCACAACCAGGUGCUACUGAAGAUGAUGCCCAUGAAAAGGAAUCUCCUCCCUCACCAGACAAAAAAGAGUUAUUCUAG